AUGGUUGUUCGAAGACCAGAUGGCCUACUGCAUUCUGGCCUGGCUGUAGUGGUUGUGCAUGCUGGUUUGACAGCUAGUAAGGAGUUGCAGCGGCACACAGAAUCGAGAGCAACAGGCGCGCAACAGGCAGGUGCUUUGCGCACAAGGUUACGGUGGACUAACAACGGCCGCAUUUUUAGCUUACUAAGCCCCUGGUCUCAAUUCCUUCCACCGGGCCGACAAGAGAACAGGGAAUCAGGGGACGUAAUGCUCGCAGACGAUCCGUAUGACCCUUACAAAAUCGUCAGUAACAGUCGAUAUAAUCCAUAUUACAAUUACUACGACUCUUAUUAUACGCCUCGGUAUAGAACCAGACAAAGACCUGGUUAUGGAACGCUUUUCUUUCAAAAUGGUCUCCCAGAUCUGGUUGCAGAGCCCUAUUAUAUUCAAUCUUCCACUUAUGUACAGAGGGUGCCAAUGUACAAUCUUAGAUGUGCAGCUGAAGAAAACUGUUUGUCAAGUUCAGCUGCUUACGCAAGGGACUAUGAUACAAGAGUGUUGCUAAGGUUUCCCCAACGAGUGAAGAAUCAGGGUACUUCGGACUUUCUUCCCAGCCGACCACGUUAUGCCUGGGAAUGGCACAGUUGUCAUAAUCACUUCCACAGCAUAGCUGAGUUUUCCCAUUAUGAUUUGCUGGAUGCAAGCACCCAGAGCAGAGUAGCAGAAGGGCACAAAGCUAGCUUCUGCCUGGAGGACACUUCCUGUGACCCUGGAUACUACAGACGUUAUGCCUGCACCUCCCACACUCAGGGACUGAGCCCAGGAUGUUAUGAUACUUACAGUGCAGACAUUGACUGCCAGUGGAUUGAUAUUACUGAUGUUAAACCUGGGAAAUAUGUCCUCAAGAUAACUGUGAAUCCAGGCUUCCAAGUUCCAGAGUCAGACUUUAAUAAUAAUAUUGUUCGUUGCGACAUUCAGUAUACAGGCAAUUAUGUCCACACAUCAGGGUGCAGUAUGUCUCAGUAA